AUGCAAAUUUUAGCGACGAUAAUGCGAUUAGUUGUGAUUUUAAGCGUUUUAGUACAAAUUUAUGCGAACACCGGCAGCGCACCCUGGACGCGCCGUGGGUUGCUCGUGACCGGACCGGGUCCUGCCGGCCGGGCCCUCGGUCCCCGGCCGGUCGGGGAGGAACGGACGAGUGGACAGACGGAACGCCCGGAACGGAACGUUUAUCGGACGAAGCUGUCCAAGCUGCGGUUGAUACUGUUGGCGGAUAUGUUGAAUGAAAUUCCACCGCCGCAGCUGGAAUUAAUUACUUGCCUGGCGAACUCGUCGACGCUGAACGUGACCACGAAGCACUGUGACUGUGAGACUUACUCGUGUAAGGAUCUGCUCGCUAGUUCCAGUCCAUCCCCGUUCAACUCCAUCCAGCCGAAGAGAAAAAUCCACACCUCCUGUCGGGAGCAUUGCUGCCGGAAGAAGAAGUUUAACCGCUCGAUCGACCCAGCAGCGCUGGAGAAUGUGGUAGCGUCGUCGCUUAGUUCUGCUUCCCGCCGUUACAAUACCGUGCCGGGCUCGUCACUGGUUCAUCGGUCAUCGAUGGGAUCGCUGUCAUUAUCUACCAGCACCAUUAGCAAAGGGAUGCAACCGUCGGAAACAUCAUCGUUUCGGCUGCGAACGACUGGUUUACCUUCACCCGCCAGCGUUCGUGACCAUCGUGACCGACCGGCGCGGGUCUGCAACAGCGAGGGGAUCGAUCAAAUUUCAAUUGCCAACAAUCGGGUACGGGCACCGUGGCUGUACCGGGUCGGUUUAAUUGAAACGAAGCAUCCCGUCUGCGUUGGCGCUUUAAUCCAUCCGAGUUUAAUAUUAACAACUGCAGUAUGCGUUAUAAACAAGAAGCCGGAAGAACUGGUCGUCUGGAGUGGCGUGACAGCGGUGGACGGUGGUGGUGCGGUAUCGGCGACCGGCGACGAGCGGUGGGCAGUGGGCAGGAUAAUGCUGCCGGAGAAAUUCGCCACCACUUUCGAGCGGCUCGAGAACAAUGUUGCUUUGUUGCUACUGGUGCCCACACCAUCCCACGCAACCCAGCCCACGGAAGCUCCGGAACCGAUCAGACCUCAACGCUCGACGACAGGUGGGCUUCGUGCUUGGACGGUUAGUGUGCGGAACGGUGGCACACCAAAUCUUGCCCGGACGCAACUUUUCCCAGCACAGCAGAAACGGACACCGGCGUCUAUUUGCUUAUCAUCAAUUAUAGAGCGCACGGCUGCUGCCUACUCCGUGCCGGAACCACCAGAAAGCUCCUGCUACACCGUGUCUUUACGGCAGCCGAAUACACACGCCAGUACAGCAGCACCGCAACCGGCAACCGGCAGCAGUGGCGCGAACGGCUUCAAGCUCCGCAACGAUGGCACUAAUUACGUUACGACAAAUAUUAGCAUUUUUCCGGCCACCGAGUGUCGACCGGAGCAUCGGGAGUAUCUGCAACACGAUGGCAAUCUGUGCGCUGGCUACGGUGCGGCCAAAAACCGUAGCAUAGAUGUGGAUUUUAGCGGAUCGCCACUGAUUUGUGAAAAGCGGCAGAACGAUGGCAAAAUCCAUCGCACCGUACAAGGCCUCCUGACCUGGUCCACCGACAUCAAUCAUGCGCCGCAUCUGUUCACCAAUCUGACCACCUACCGGGAGUGGAUUGAUCGGGAAAUUGAAAAGCUGGACGGUGAAACCCAACGGUUCCAGAGCGAAGCACGCCCAAUUACCGUACCGGGGUACCCAGUCCGGAGCGUUGUUUAUGGAUGA